UGAUUCUCUGAGUGUCACACGGUGGUAGGGCUCAUGUGCUUGAGUGUGUAAUCGUGUGAAUGGGUGAGAUUAGCAACUGAUUCGGUUGCUAGGGUUCCAGAGGAGAUUAGGGUUUUCUGGUGAGAGGUUUCUUGUGAGUGUGAGAUCAGAGAGGGGUCAGAUCCGGUUUUGUGGAGUGGAUUGGAGUUGUAUUCGUCGGGUGUGAAGUUAUUUCACAACUGAAUUCAACGUUGCUCCCUUGGAUUGUUGGUUUGGUGAAUAGAUCUGCACUAUUAGCGGGUGGCUGAGCCACGGCUUGUAGAUCUAUGCGAUUCCUUUGUUAUCUCUCUGUUUCUUGUAUACUUUGUUUAGAUCCGAGAGGAUCUCUCAUUCUAUGCUAACAAGUCUUCCAGUGUGCAGGUUCCUUGGUAGAACUUGGAGCUACUGGAGCAGGAAGACAGUGCUAUAGUGUACAGCUAUCUACUCUGUAAUAGCUUGUAGUUCUUGUAUAAAUCAGUCGCUUGGUUGGUGGUUUGACUGAGCCAUCUUGUAAACAAGACCAAAGAGGUCUCGGUAAAUAGUGAACCCGGAUAGUCUGAUCCCUACAGUGGUAUCAGAGCCACGGGGGGACUAUUCCGGCACGCCGAGUCGCUAAAAGGAGGUGGGCAAGUGGAACCCUCCCUCGAGUGGGGGUUUGCUCUGCUCCUCGCCGUGAUUGAAAUUCCUUCCAAUUGCGCCGACGCAGGAGCAAAAUUAUUAGCACUAACUUAUUGUGCUAAUCCGCUCUCUUCAGGGCUGCGAUGGCAUUAUGGUGUAUUUCCUGUGCGAGAAAAGUUGCGAUAUUUCACUAUGAAGGAAGAGUAUGCUGUGACUCUUGCGGCAGAGUUCUUACUGAUGACAUGUUUACAGAGGAAACUCAGUUUGUGAAAGGAGCUGAUGGACAGUCCCGAGCGGCAGGUAUUCUUGUGAGGUCCGUCCAGCAUAUUUCUGAAUCCAGGCAGAGGACACUGAACGAUGCAUAUGACGGAAUCCUAAGUAUAAUGUCUGCCUUGGAAAUUGUGGGUGGUGCAGAUAAAGCUAAUAUAGCUCUUAGGUUUUAUGAGAUGGCACUUUGUAAAAACUUCACAAAGGGUCGCAGGAGGGAACAAGUGCAUGCUGCUUGUGUUUACAUCAUGUGUAGGGUGGAAAAUAAACCAUUUCUUCUAAUUGAGUUCUCAGAACAUCUAAGGAUAAAUGUUUAUGUGCUAGGGGCGGUCUUUUUGCAGCUUUGCAAAGUUCUUAGCCUUGAAGAAAACCCACUUAUUCAGAACCUUGUGGAUCCUAGCCUUUUCAUUCACCGAUUUUCUGACCGUCUGUUCAAAAGCAGAGAUAAAAAUAUUCCCAAAACUGCACUCCAGAUUAUUGCUAGUAUGAAGCGUGAUUGGAUGCAGACUGGGAGGAAACCAAGUGGAUUAUGCGGAGCUGCACUUUAUAUAUCUGCUCUUGCACAUGGUCAUGAUUGUUCAAAGUCUGAGAUUAUUAAGACAGUCCACAUCUGUGAAGCAACAUUGACAAAGCGGUUGAUUGAAUUUGAAAGUACCGAUUCGGGAGGUUUAACGAUUGAGGAGUUUGAGAAGAAGUCAGAGGAGUUUGACGUUCUGGAAAAAAAAAUUGGUGAAGAGGAGUCGCAAAUGAAGUCACUCAAUACAGGGAAAAAGGCAUCUAGGAGUGGUGAACUCCUCUGCAAGCAUAAGGGUGAGGAGGAACCUCCUCCUCAUUUUGCUUAUGGUCUUUGUAAUGAAUGCUACAAAGAUUUCAUGAUACUAUCUGGAGGCCUGAGUGGUGGAUCCGAGCCUCCAGCUUUCCAGCGUGCUGAGAGGAAAAGGAUAAUGGCUGAGGAAGUUACUGCUGACCGCUCUGAGAAUCAGGAUUCGUCAAUAUUUCCUGGCCUGACCGAGACCAGCUCCAUACUCUUAAAUUCUGAUGAACAAAGGAGAAUCAAGAAUACAACUCAAAAGGAUGUUACACAACAACCACCAGACCCUGAUUCAACAGAAGCUACCUUUCAGUCAAACUCUAUUCAUGAUACUAUUGAUAAGACAAUGGAUGCUAGUGAUUUUACUUUGGAAGAGUCAGAGAGUUUAUCGGACAUCGAUGACACUGAGGUGGAUGUGUAUAUUAACACAGAGGAGGAGAAGAAGUUGAAAACGACUGUCUGGGAGGAGCUUAACAGAGAAUAUCUUCAGGAGCAGGCAGCAAAAGAAGAUGCUGCAUUAGCUGCUAAGAGGGCCUUUGAAGCCACUUUUGCUAACUGCUCAGACGAUGUUGAAGGCGCAAGACAACUUGCUGCAGCAGCAGCUGCACAGAACAGGAAGGACAAGCGACAGAAGCGAGCUGCUGAGUUAAAAAGCCGUGGCCCUCCUCAAACUUUUGGGGAUGCAGUAAAAGGAAUGCUAGAUGCAAAGAGGUUGAGCUCAAGAAUUCGAUACGACUUACUGGACGGGCUUCUUGAUUCGGAUGAGCCGGACCCCAAGAGAAGCAAAACGGAGGAGCAGGCGGAGGAGCACGAAGAUGAAGAAGAUCCCGAAUUAGAUGGCCACGCUGACAACACCGAAGAAUAUGAUUAUGACCAAGAUAAUAAUGAUGAUUUGUAGGAGUAGUAUUUUUCACGUAUACCCUUUCUUCUAUAUUAUUAUGCAAAUACCAUUAUUUAAUUAAUAACUAUAGCAAGGCUAAAGGCUACAAUAUUUUUUGAUAAUAAACUUUUUGAUAAAGAUUA